AACUGUGGAGGGAAGUGUUAGAGCUUGCGUCAUAGAAGCGUUGUAAAUAAGUAUUUUGUUUAUUUUGGGAAUAACGGCCAGAAGUACAUGAAGUCAACUCAGAUUUUUUACACGUUAGACUUCGCAUAAAAUAACUUGGAGGUCGCAUUUUGUUUAAAGAAGUAUAAAGGAAAGUGAAAUAGACCAAAAUGCAGAGACGAGGUGGUAAGCGUAUAAGGAUGGAUGAUCCUCCACCGCCAGAAUACGAGUCACCGAUGACACCCAUGACCCCGAUGGACGGAAGUGGAUCAGAAAUCCAAGAACCGUAUACACCGUACACCCCGUACAGUAAUCAGCCAUCUACACCUCUUCACACGGGAGGUGAAGUGUACUCAGGCAAUGACCAGUAUGCAGGUGAGCCAUCAGGGAUGUAUCAUCAUCAGCAGCAGCAGCAACAGCAACAGCAACAACAACAACAACAGCAGCAGCAACAGCAGCAGCAACAGCAACAACUCUACUCACCAUCUGCACAGCAACAAACACAGUAUGAGGUCACUCAGCCACAACAGCAGCAGUCAGAACCUAGUUUUGAUCAGCAGUACGAGCAGCCAGCUACUCCACUUAACAUGAGAAUCCGUGUUACUCGUUCACGAGCACGUAGUGCAAAUGCUGCAGCAGCUGCUGCCGCUGCUGGUAUAACUCCAUCUACACCAGUUGCUCCUCCACCACCACCACCAAAGCGUGUGCUUGCAAGUGAAGAACCUAGGAGACGUCGACCUGGCCGCAAACCCAUUUCAGAAAUGCUGUCUGAAGAUGAAACUUGUCUCUAUUUUGUGGUCCGUCAGGGCAAGAUAUCACUCCAGGUGAUUGUGGAUGACUGGAUCGAGUCUUACAAGAGCAAUCGUGAUUCUGCCCUGCUUGCAUUAAUGCAAUUCUUCAUCAACGCUUCUGGUUGUAAGGGAAAGAUCACACCUUCCAUGCAGUCCUCAAUGGAACAUGCUGCUAUCAUCAGAAAGAUGACAGAGGAGUUUGAUGAAGAGAGUGGAGAAUAUCCACUCAUCAUGUCGGGGCAGACCUGGAAAAAAUUCAGAAACAAUUUCUGCGAAUUUGUGCAGAUACUUGUGAAGCAAUGUCAGUACUCCAUCAUUUAUGACCAAUACCUAAUGGACAAUGUAAUUUCACUACUGACAGGUUUGUCUGAUUCCCAAGUCCGUGCAUUCCGACAUACAGCCACAUUGGCAGCCAUGAAGUUGAUGACUGCACUUGUUGAUGUUGCUUUAACUGUAUCAAUAAAUCUUGACAAUACCCAACGCCAGUAUGAAUCAGAACGACAGAAGACUCGCGAUAAGCGUGCCAGUGAUCGGCUUGAAUCUCUUAUGGCAAAACGACAGGAACUUGAAGAAAACAUGGAUGAGAUAAAAAAUAUGCUUACUUACAUGUUUAAAUCUGUGUUUGUUCACAGAUACAGGGAUACUCUUCCUGAGAUUCGGGCAAUUUGCAUGGCAGAAAUAGGAGUUUGGAUGAAAAAGUUUCAUCAAAAUUUCCUUGAUGACUCAUAUCUGAAAUACAUUGGUUGGACGUUACAUGACAAAGUUGGAGAAGUUCGUUUGAAAUGUUUGCAGGCUCUGCAGCCACUGUAUGCCUCAGAAGAGUUGAAAGGAAAGUUGGAAUUGUUCACAAGCAAAUUCAAGGAUCGUAUUGUUGCAAUGACUUUGGACAAAGAGUAUGAUGUUGCGGUACAAGCUGUCAGGCUUGUUAUAAGCAUUUUAAAGCACCAUAGGGACAUACUAACAGAUAAGGAUUGUGAGCAUGUCUAUGAACUUGUGUAUUCAUCACACCGGGCUGUUGCACAAGCUGCUGGAGAAUUUUUGAAUGAGAGAUUGUUUGUCCCUGAUGAAGAAGCCGUCGCUGGAAUAAAGACAAAACGAGGAAAGAAACGACUGCCCAACACACCACUUAUCCGUGAUCUUGUACAGUUUUUUAUAGAAUCUGAGCUUCAUGAACAUGGUGCUUACUUGGUGGACUCUCUCAUUGAGUCUAAUGAGAUGAUGAAAGACUGGGAAUGUAUGACAGACCUUCUCCUGGAGGAACCAGGGCCAUCAGAAGAGGCUCUGGAUGAUCGGCAGGAGACGAGCUUAAUAGAAAUUAUGGUCUGCUGUAUUAGGCAAGCAGCUACUGGAGAGCCGCCUGUUGGCAGGGGUCCUACACGUAAGAUACUCUCAGCAAAGGAACUGAAACAGGUGCAGGAUGACAAAAUAAGGUUGACAGAGCAUUUUAUCCAAACACUGCCACAACUGCUUGAUAAAUACAGAGCUGAUCCAGAGAAAUUGGCAAAUCUACUAGCAAUCCCUCAGUAUUUUGAGCUUGACAUUUACACUACUUCACGCCAAGAGACGUACCUCGACUAUCUGCUGAAGAAGAUAAAGUCAAUUGUUGAAAAGCAUCAUGAUACAGAUGUGUUGGAAACAUGUUCAAAGACACUAGAAAUACUAUGCACCGAGGGAAAUGCAAUUUUUACUCGAUGUGAUGUUGCGCGUAGCACACUUAUUGACUCUAUUGUUCACAAAUACAAGGAAGCCAUAGAUGAAUGGCAUAGCCUCAUGCUUGGGAAUGAAGUACCAGAUGAAGAUGAGACAUUCAGUGUUGUCUACAGUUUGAAAAAAGUUGCCAUUUUCUACCAGUGUCACAAUAUGGGUCACUGGGGCGUUUGGGACCCUGUCUUCAGAGAUAUAAUUGAAGCACAGGGUGGCUCUAGCUUGAAGAGUUUACCGCAGGAGGCUAUUAAAUACUGCAUUUCUGCUGCAUUUUUUGGAAUACUGUGGGAUCUCCGCCACAUUGAGGAGCUGAUCGAAGGAGGUGCAAGUGGCAGUGAAGAAGUGGCUACCUUAAAGGGAAGGUUACAUAAUUUCAUGGACACCAUGAAGCAGCUUCUCCAGACAGCAGUGGUUCAAGCUUACAAAGAAGAGGCAUAUAUCACUGUGUGUGACCUUCUUGUGGUUUUCUGUAACCAAUUAGCAAGCAAUCAGGCAUUAACUGACCUCGUGUAUGAGCCAGACAGAGCCUUGCAGAGCAUGCUCAAUGACUUCAUUCAGCAGUAUGUGUUUAUUGUUGAAGAAGAUGGAAGCGUAGGGAUCCCAACUGAGCCCCAAGAUGAGCAUGAUGAACACCUAAAAAUUGAAGAACUCCACAAAAGACGAAAUUUUCUUGCGUCAUUCUGCAAGCUUAUAGUAUAUAAUAUAAUGCCCACAAAAGUUGCUGCUGAUGUAUUCAAACAUUAUGUCAAGUACUACAAUGAUUAUGGAGAUAUCAUCAAGGCUACCUUAGGAAAGGCUCGUGAAAUCAACAAGACCAAUUGUGCUCGGACCAUGGCCCUCAGUCUCACAAUGCUCUUCCGUGAUCUCCAGAGAGAUGGGAGUCGGAUUAAUAGACAAAUUGAAGAUUUCAUAAGUUUGAAGGAAUUAGCAAAGCGAUUUGCGCUAUCUUUUGGACUGGAUGCUGUGAAGAACCGUGAAGCAAUAACAGCACUUCAUCGUGAGGGUAUAUUGUUUGCAGUUGAUCCACUGGAAAAUAUUGAAGACCCUACAGGCCCCCCUCCCAACCUACCAUUCCUUGAGAUACUCACUGAAUUUACGAAUAAACUACUGAAACAGGAUAAACGUGUUGUAUUGAAUUUCCUGGAUCGACGGAUUGCUGCUGGGAUGCCCUCUAGCAGGGGCGAAGAUUGGCAGCCGUUACUUAUGUACAGGAACAGUUUAGUUCAUGGAGAAACUGACCAGCCUCCAGUUACCUCUAAACGAGCAUACGGUAGGAAGAAGAAAGAAGUUGAAGAAGAGGAAGCGAUGGAUGGAGAUGGUGAAGAGGUCACAUCAGAUCAGGAGUUCAAUGUUGGGUUUUGAUCACCCGUUGGAUGUACUACCAUUUUCAUGGGUGUUGUGUCCACUGUAACAGUGGUGAUGUGUUACAGUUAUUGGGUGAAGGCAAUUGCAGGAAUCCUGCCUGACUUCAGUCCAUUUUCAAAUAGUGGUUGUAGAUGGUACGAUACACCAUUCUACAACUGGACGGUACCCAGCACAGCUGGUAAUCAAGCAAAACAAGUUGUGUGCCUACAUCUUCUGCCAUUGAAGAUCAACUUUACGUGACAACUGUGAUUUUUAGAAGUUAAUCAUAGUAUUUGUAUAGUUUGGACCAAGUCCACAUGUUUCAUUUCUGAUCUUUUGUUGUAAAAAAAUGCUACAUCGACGAGACUAGGAAACACACUUCAGGAACUGGUGCUGAACAUACGUGUGAAAUCAAGUUUUAGGAGAGUGCAUUUAUUUUCAUUCCAUUUAUCCUCCGAAAGUGUUUAAAAGUUCCUCUUGCUAGCUUGUGUAAUUGUUCUGUUGCUCUAUAGCUGUAUGUGGAGAAAUAUUUCAUUUGACUAAAUUGCAGACAUAAAUAUACUGCAAUUUCAGGCCAUUUUGUAUUCGAAAAUUGCUACCUUCAUGUCGGAUACAGUAACAUAUGGUGCCAGUUCUUUGAAACUAGAAAUGUAUCAAUAGUGAGAUCUGUGCCCUCUCUUCUAUAGUGAUAUAAGACUGAGAGAAAAGCAUGUGAAAUAAAUUUUGUACAUGUUUGAUAUUCUGUGAGUUUGUGUAUUUUAUGUAAAAAAAAGCUGGCUCAGGCUCAGUUGUUUGCUUGCACUUCCAGGAUAGUGUAUAUUUGGAUAUUUUUGUUUGUAAUUUGUCUUACCUAAAGCUUUUGAGUUGUUUGUUUUGAAUGUGAUGUUACUGCGGUGAUCAUGUGCUAUGUUGUAUAUACUUACUUGCACUGUUCUGAAGAGACUGUGACAAGUAGAGGAAGAAAUCAAGUAAGAAUAUUGGAAUGUAUUUUGUUGGGACUAGGUGGAUAUUACGUUUGAAUUAUCAGCAAAUUUCCAAAUACUAGGGACCACUGACACUAUUGUCGGUACUCUACAGCUAUUUCAACAAAAACUGAUUUGAAAUAGAUUGAAAAUUUUUCUUUCUUGAAGAAGAAAUUAGGAGGAAUAAUUUUGACUGAAAAUUUGUAAACUGCACGUUUUACGUCGCAUUAUAAAAUUUAACAGUAUUAGCUGGAAGUAUGUAUUUUAAUGCACAAGAUUUUGUUAGUGUACAAAAAUUGUAAACACUUUUUAUUUGACAGUGAUUCAAACGACAUAAAUAAGUUCCUCUGUUCUCGUGUGGCAAAUAAUAUUUGUAUUUCCUCAUAUUGUAGAAAGGAAAAAGAACUUGAUUUUUUUGUGUCACUGGUGGUGAGCAACUUGUAAGCUACAGGAUAAUUUCUUUAUAAUGUACGGUUUGUGUGUAACAUACAAUGUUUGUGUGAAAUUUUGUGUGAAAAUGAGAGAGGUUAACUGAAUUUUUUAUUUUGUUUAUAAUGUUCAUGCUAAGUGUAUCAUGCCUAGCUUUAUUUCCAGACUUACAGAAAUUUUUUGGUAUUAUUCUGAUGAGAAAUAUAUGUGACCAUUUUUUGCCAGCCCCAACAAAAGUGUGUGGUUCCACUGUUUACAUGAAAGUUAUAAGUAAGUCUGUUCAUUAUAUAAUGGGAGUUUCGUUGUUAAGAAGUAUUAUUGGUUUGGAUUGGAAAUUUUGAUUGCAGUGUUCAGUGUAGAUUGUAACUGUGUUAAUUUUUUACACCUCACAGUUUCAGCUGUUAGCAUUGUCAGAUCUGUUGAAAUGAAACAAAACUUAUUACAAUACAGUAUGAAAUAUUAACUACAAUAUUUCAAGCCACCUAAUGUAAACCCUGAAAUUCAAAGGGCCUUGUAAUUGUAUCAUGCCUAAGCUGCAAAUGUAGCUGUGGCAGUUUAGCGAGUAGAGAAGUAGAGUCCAGGCUGGAGGAAGGGGAAGGGUGGGGAAUUUUCCUCAUUAGAUUCCCUACAGGGUGGCCCCAGGUCUACUAUCAGAAUGAGUAUCGGGGAUCUUUCCCAGGGAUAAAAGUUGUGUGGGGGCAAGGGACCUACCACCCCUCACACUCCUAGUGACUCAGCAGAUGGAAGGGCUGCACACUACCUGCAUUCAGGUGAUAGUCCAGUCAUGGUCUCACAGCCCAGGCUUUACUUACAACGUGCAGGUACCUAUAGAAAAGUACAUGUUUUAUUCGCAUGUAAUCAUGCAUUGUAACAGUACAUUUUGUUCAAUUUUAACAACUCUAAUGAUGGUGAUUGGCUGAAACUAAUUGGUAGUGAAGUGUAAAAUAAUAAAUAAAUAAAACCACAACAAUAAUGUGCCCAA